AUGGCUGGCUUCGUCCGGGGUUUCUGCCUCCCCGGCAUCCGGCCCUUCGCCGCCCGCACCGAAUUCGCCGCCUCCCGCUCCCGCUUCUUCACCACCUCCCUCCGCCUCCGAGCCGCCGAACCCACUCUCAAAGCGACCCGGGCACCGGCCCCGCCAAGACAUGCCGCGCAGAACGUCGCCGCCUCGGUUGGCCUGAGCCGAUAUGCCUUCAUGAAGAACCUUGCAACCAAGUCCAGUCCGACGAUACUAUACGAAGGGCCCUCACACUUCUGGUUCUAUUUCGGUUGCUGGAGUAGCGGCAUCACCAUCCUCUCGUGGACCGCCCUCACCGCGCCGACCGCCAUGACACAGCCAGAGGGCGUGCCCAAAUGGGUCGGCUACGUCUUCGGCGCAGCCUACCUCCUCCUCGGCUCCAUGGGCAUGUACCUCAUCACCAAGACGCCCAACAUCGUCAGCAGAAUCCGCGUGCUUCCCGCGCAGGCCGCAAAACUAGCCCCCACCGCCGCCGGCAGCGCUUUCUCGGCCGGCCCUGCGCCGCUCCACAUGGAAGUCACCGUUAAGCGUAUGGUGCCGCUGCUCGAGCCCAAGGUGAUCACUACGACACUCGACAAGGUGACACUCGCGUCUCGUUUCUCUCUGCCCGAAGAGUUUGUCCCCGAGCUGAAGCGCCUGGAGAUCAAGCGCGCCGAGGAGGCCAAGCGCAAGGCGCUGCGCAAGUUCGACAUGGAGCACCUAUUAACGGUGCCGUUCCGCCAGGUCGGCCGCGGGUUCUUGGGCAUGUUCAAUGGCAUCAAAUCAGCGUGGACAGACAUGGGCUACGGGGUCAUCAAGGUGGACGGCAAGCACUAUAAGGUGGAUGUAACUAAGGGAUUUGCGCACGAUGGGUUCCGCACCCUGGAGAAGCUGGUGGAUAUCCAACCGUGA